AUGGCCGUCUCUUUGGCACAGUCGUGUGUGGCCAGCACCUUCAACCCCUCGGUCUUCGGCACCGAGAUUCUUUCCCUCGAAGCCAACCUCGUCACCAACUACAGCGUCUCCGUUCCUAGCGCCUACCGACAGACUUCGCCUUCUGUCGAAGUCAAGAACGCCUCCUUCUGCAACGUCACCAUCGCCUACACCCAUCCCGGUCAGAAUGACAACAUCAUCACCGAGGCCUGGCUUCCUUUGGACUGGAACGAGCGUUUCCUGGGCGUCGGUGGAGGCGGCUGGGUCGCUGGCCGCUUCUUACUCUCAUAUGCUGGUAUGAAUGGUGGUCUCGCUGAUGGAUAUGCGUCGAUCACCACGGAUGCCGGUCUUGGAAGUGCUGAUGUGCCAACUCCGUGGGCUCUGAACAGUCCUGGCAACGUCAAUCUCUACAAUUUGCAGAACAUAGCGUCUGUUUGUCUGAACGACGAGGCAGUGAUUGGGAAGUCUCUCAUCAGGAGCUUCUACGGAAAAGACCCCAAGUACUCUUACUGGAACGGAUGCUCGCAAGGAGGCCGACAAGGACUGAUGCUUGCUCAACGAUACCCCAAGCAGUACGACGGCAUCGUCGCGGGCGCUCCCGCGAUUUACUGGAACGAACUGAUCUCCAACGCCCAGUGGCCUCAACAAGUGAUGAACGAGCUCGGCGAAUACCCCUACGGCUGUGAACUUGACGCCAUCACCGCCGAAGCCGUCUCCGCAUGCGACAAUCUCGACGGUGUUACCGAUGGGACUAUCGGCAACGUCGAGGAAUGUUUCAAGACCUUCAAUCCCUUCUCAGUCGUUGGCAAGUCUAUCGCGUGCUCCCAGACGAACGGCACCCAGAAGACGAUCAGCAAGACGGCGGCCAUCGUGGUCAAUGAGACGUGGCAUGGCAGAAGCAACGCCAACGGACAGCAGUUCUACCAUGGCAUUACCCCGGGAUCGGAUCUCACAGGAGACAGUUCUUAUGGCGUGGGCAUCGUCACGACGAAGUGCAACGAGACGGGUUGCGUGGGUCUGCCUAACCAGCUUGGAGUUCCCUGGCUUCAGCUGUUCAUUGCUAAGGAUCCCAACUUCAAUGUGGGAAAUCUCACCCGUGCUGAGUUCGACGCGCUUGUGUAUUCCGGUGCUCAACAGUACAACUCUCUGGUCGAAAGCGCGGACCCGGACUUGACAAAGUUCCGGGACGCCGGAGGAAAGAUGGUUACUUUCCAUGGACUGGCCGACAACAUCAUCCCCGUGGGUGCAACGGAAGAGUACUACAACGCGGUGGCGGACAUCACUCCGGAUAUCCAGGACUUCUACCGCUACUUCGAAGCGCCUGCUCUCGGCCACUGCUUCGGCGGUAAGAGCGACACGCCAACGAGCCUCUUCGAGCAACUCCGUGAUUGGGUCGAGAACGGCACGGCACCCGAGCAGACCCCGAUCAAGCUCAAUGUUGCCGCGAAUGAGACUCAUAACCGCAUUCUGUGUGCUUACCCGCAGAAGGCUGAGUUUGUUGCUUCCUGUGGCGAUCCAUCGUUGGCUGAGUGUUGGUCAUGCUCCAAGUCUGGCGUUGUUGGUGAGAACAUCACCAAGCCAAAGCACUUUGAAUUGUGA